AUGAAAAAAGUAAUCCUAUUGCUUGUUUUUAUUUGUUAUGUGAAAUGUGCCGAAAUAGAGUGCCCUUCACUCGCUGAUGCUGACAGUUUGUCCCAAACACAGUUACUUGAGAGGCUAACACAUGGUUGCCGUUACGAUCGCCUGGAAAGGCCCAUUACUUAUUCGGAAUCGGGUAACCGUCUACCUGUGGACGUUUACGUUCGAUGGUAUGUCUAUUUUAUGCAGAAUUUAGAAGCCCAUGACUUGCAGUUCAAAAUUCAUGCUCUUCUGCAACUUCGCUUUCUUGAUCCCCGUUUGACCUUUCGCAAAGUCGCCCCCAAGCGAAAGCAACCCAUACUCGGCGAGAAGCCGCUACGUGAUAACUUAUGGGUACCACAUAUAUUUCUUGCCAAUGAAAGGGAUUCCAGCAUAAUGGGCACCAAUGAGAAAGACAUUCUAACCUCGAUUUCCCCCGAUGGAACUGUAAUCAUUUCCAGUCGUAUAAAAGCUACCUUGUAUUGUUGGAUGAAUUUGCAGAAGUUCCCCUUUGACGAGCAGCAUUGCUCAACCUAUUUGGAAAGUUGGAUGUACAACACAUCGGAGUUGAUAUUACACUGGGAACAAAAGCGACCGAUCACAUUUGAUCCUGAUCUGCAUCUGACCGAAUAUAUUCUUCAGCAGGCUUGGAGUAACGAAACAGUCAUUAAUGCGGAUUUAAACGAUCUACGCCAUGGAGCCUUUGCUGGUAAUUACAGCUCGCUAGGAUUCACAGUCCAUUUUACUAGGGAAGUUGGUUUUUACAUUAUGGAUUACUUUUUGCCAUCUAUGUUAAUUGUGGGAAUAUCGUGGGUCUCAUUUUGGCUGCAGGCCGACCAGGCUCCCCCGCGAAUAAUGCUUGGAACAUCUACAAUGUUGACAUUUAUAACACUGGCAUCAGCUCAAGGCAAAACACUGCCCAAGGUGAGUUACAUUAAAGUAUCGGAGGUAUGGUUUUUGGGGUGUACCCUAUUCAUUUUUGGCAGCUUAUUGGAAUUCGCUUUUGUCAACUCAAUUUGGAGGCGCAAACAAAAUGUAGAUGUUAAAUCCAUGAGCAGUAGACACAUCUUAAAAUCGACACUAUCCCCGCGACUUUCACGCCGUAAAGCACGCUCACGUUCGUUUUCAACUGGUACAUUGGGCACCGAUAGCAUUUCCUUAACGGGGGCUCCGAAAUUCAAUAACUACUUGACGGUGCACAAUUUUCCAAUUACUACCAUUAAUGAAAAUGAAACCGAAAUGGAUAAUGUGUCAAAGGUGACCUCUUUCACCAAUGCCCCAAACAGCCAGAAAAUGGAUGUGGCCCUUUUGGAGGAUGGCAACAGCAGCAAUUGUAAUAAUGAGGAAAAUAAACAUGGCUGGACCACUCUUACGCCCCAGCAGAUAUCGCAAUGGAUCGAUGCUAAAGCCCGUGUGUUAUUCCCAAUGUCUUUUCUAGUAUUCAAUGCGUUUUUCUGGACCUUUGUGUAUAUAUUUUGA